AUGGAGGGCGCAGGGCCUCGGGGGGCUGGGCCGGCGCGGCGCCGGGGAGCCGGGGGCCGGCUGCUGCUGCUGCUGCUGCUCUGGCUGCUGCCCGGCCCCGCUGCGCCCCAGGAGCUGAACCCGCGCGGCCGCAACGUGUGCCGCGCGCCCGGCUCCCAGGUGCCCGUGUGCUGCGCCGGCUGGAGGCAGCAGGGAGACGAGUGCGCGAUCGCGGUGUGCGAAGGCAAUUCUACGUGCUCAGAGAACGAGGUGUGCGUGCGGCCAGGCGAGUGCCGCUGUCGCCACGGCUACUUCGGCGCCAACUGCGACACUAAGUGCCCGCGCCAGUUCUGGGGUCCCGACUGCAAGGAGCGGUGUAGCUGCCACCCGCACGGGCAGUGCGAGGACGUGACGGGCCAGUGCACGUGCCACGCGCGGCGCUGGGGUGCGCGCUGCGAGCACGCCUGCCAGUGCCAGCACGGCACGUGCCACCCGCGGAGCGGCGCGUGCCGCUGCGAGCCGGGGUGGUGGGGCGCGCAGUGCGCCAGCGCGUGCUACUGCAGCGCCACCUCGCGCUGCGACCCGCAGACGGGGGCCUGCCUGUGCCACGCUGGCUGGUGGGGCCGCAGCUGCAACAACCAGUGCGCCUGCAACUCGUCGCCCUGCGAGCAACAGAGCGGCCGCUGCCAGUGCCGCGAGCGGACGUUCGGCGCGCGCUGCGAUCGCUACUGCCAGUGCUUUCGCGGCCGCUGCCACCCCGUGGACGGCACGUGCGCCUGCGAGCCCGGCUACCGCGGCAAAUACUGCCGGGAGCCGUGCCCCGCCGGUUUCUACGGCCUGGGCUGUCGCCGCCGGUGUGGGCAGUGCAAGGGCCAGCAGCCGUGUACAGUGGCAGAGGGGCGCUGCCUGACGUGUGAGCCCGGCUGGAACGGAACCAAGUGCGACCAGCCGUGCGCCACCGGCUUCUACGGCGAGGGCUGCGGCCACCGCUGCCCGCCGUGCCGCGACGGGCACGCCUGCAACCAUGUCACCGGCAAGUGCACGCGCUGCAACGCCGGCUGGAUCGGCGACCGGUGCGAGACCAAGUGCAGUAAUGGCACCUACGGCGAGGACUGCGCCUUUGUGUGCGCCGACUGCGGCAGCGGCCACUGCGACUUCCAGUCUGGACGCUGCCUGUGCAGCCCUGGCGUCCACGGGCCACACUGUAACGUGACGUGCCCGCCGGGGCUCCACGGAGUAGACUGCGCCCAGGCCUGCAGCUGCCGCGAGGACUCGUGCGACCCGGUCACCGGUGCCUGCCGCCUGGAGACCAACCAGCGCAAGGGCGUGAUGGGCGCGGGCGCGCUGCUCGCCCUGCUCCUCGGCCUGCUGCUGUCGCUGCUCGGGUGCUGCUGCGCCUGCCGCGGCAAGGACCCCGCGCGCCGGGAGCUCUCGCUGGGGAGGAAGAAGACGCCGCAGAGAUUUUGCGGGCGCUUCAGCCGCAUCGGGAUGAAGCUUCCCCGGAUCCCGCUCCGCAGGCAGAAGCUGCCCAAAGUCGUGGUGGCCCACCACGACCUGGAUAACACACUCAACUGCAGCUUCCUGGAGCCGCCCUCGGGGCUAGAGCAGCCAUCCCCAUCCUGGUCCUCCCGAGCCUCCUUCUCCUCCUUCGACACCACCGACGAGGGCCCCGUGUAUUGUGUCCCCCAUGAGGAGGCAGCGGCCGAGAGCCUGGACCCAGAGGCCCUCGCUGCUCCUGCGGAGGCGCCGGCACCGUCCCCCGCGCCCUUGACCUCUCCGGCCUCUGCGGAGGAGGCAGCGCCCCUGCCCGCGUCCUCCGACAGCGAGCGCUCAGCGUCGAGUGUGGAGGGGCCCGGCGGGGCGUUGUAUGCGCGCGUGGCCCGGCGCGAGGCCCGGCCGGCCCGGGCCCUGGGUGAGGCCGGGGGCCUGUCGCUGUCGCCAUCACCCGAGCGCAGGAAGCCGCCGCCACCCGACCCCGCCACCAAGCCCAAAGUGUCCUGGAUUCACGGCAAACACGGCACGGCGGCCGCUGCCCGAGCGCCCUCGCCGCCACCCCCGGGCCCCGAGGCUGCUCCCAGCCCCAGCAAGAGGAAACGGACGCCCAGCGACACGUCUGCGCGGCCGGAGGAGCCCGGCAGCCCCCGGGUCCGCGACCUGACGCCGCGGCCGCCUGGGCUGGCUGAGGAGGCGCCGGCCCUAGCUGCGCCCUCGCCACCCCGGGCCCGAGCGCGGGGCCGUGGUCCCGGCCUCUUGGAGCUCACGGACGCCGCCGGCCCCCCGCGCAGCGCGCCCGAGGCCGCCUCCAUGCUGGCCGCCGAGCUGCGCGGCAAGACUCGCAGCCUGGGCCGCGCCGAGGGACUCCCGGGUGCCCAGAGUCCCCGGGAGAAGCCGGCGCCGCCGCAGAAGGCCAAGCGCUCGGUGCCGCCCGCCUCGCCGGCCCGCGCGUCCCCCGCGCCCGAGGCGCCUGCGCCCGAGAAAGCGGCGGCUGGCUCACCGGCACCUGAGACUCCCCGAAAGAAGACCCCCAUCCAGAAGCCGCCGCGCAAAAAGAGCCGGGAAGCUACGGGCGAGCUGGGCAGGGUGGGUGCUCCCACCCUGUAGCCGGCUUGGGCCCGGCCGCGCCCGCAGCUUCCCCGGCUUAGCGAUGCUUGCCACCCCUCCUGCGCGCCCAGCGGCUCCCGCGUGGCCUGGGCGCGGGCGACCUCCCAUUUGGCCAAGGCCCAGAAAGACUUGGCCGAAGGCUGUGUCUCAAAGGCUCAGGCUCCAGCAGCCGCUCCCUGGUUGGACCAGCGCUCUCUGGCGGGAAGGCCCCAUCCCGUGGGUCGAGGCUUGGCUGGAGAGGCCCACCUCAUUGGUUUAGGUACCGAGCGCUCCCACCAGCCCCCGCGUCUCACCGGCUAAGUCCACCAGGGUUCUGCCGAGACAGCAGCAUCUUAACUGGCCGAGAGUGCGGCUUGACUGGAGUUACUUUUCUCGUCGGCUCAGGCCAGAAGCACUUCUUUCCUGGCUGCCUCUCAUCGGCUAGGGGCCUGGCGCCCGUGCCUGGAGGCUCCUUUCCUUGGCAGUAGCCCGAGGCUACAUCCACUGGCCAGGCACCAGGGCAUCUGGUUGACCAGAGCCUGGGGAGGAGGGCUGGUCUCCGCUCCUCAGGGGGCUCAGCGCCCCUGGGCUUAGCCCAUCUCACCUCUGCCCCACCCUGCGGUCCCCCCUUGCCCCCUGCCCUGGGCCCUCAGCUGUCAAGCCGGUUUUGAUGGCCUCCCAACCCCAUGUGCCAUGGGAACCCCAGGGGCGUCUCCAGUGGCCUGAGGAGAUGUAUUUAUAGGCCCCCGGCAGGGCUGCUCUCACCCCACCUGGGUGCCCCAGGAUGGGCGCCUCCGGCAGGGGUUUGGCCAAAGCUUAAUAAAGUGCCUUCUUCCC